GAAUUUUUCACCAUCUGCCAAUACAAUUGGCAUUUAUUAUGAUGAUCCUAAUAGUGUGAGUUUUUUUCUCUACGAAUAAGUUUGAAUUAGUAAAUGCCAUAGUUGAUAGUAUUUUUAGGUUUCAUCUGAGUCGUGUCGUUUUAUUGUUGGUGCUGUUUUGGGAAAAAAUCAGGAAUCUGCUGAUGAAGAUCUAAUGAAGCGUAUGAUAGCAGAAGAAUACAAAACAUUUCAAUUACCAAAGUCUGUUCAAUCGGUUUAUACAGCAUUUCCUUGUGAAAGUGUAUUUUCAAUUUAUAUUGCUAUUCAUCGAGUAUAUAGACAUCUUUCAUCAUUUAUUCAGACAAAAAAAUUGCAAGCGUAUCCAUUUGUGGAGUAUUAUGAACCAACAUUAAUUCAUUUUUAUGCACCAUUGAGUAAUCAUGAUGCGUACAAUGUUCCAGACCUCAAACUAGUCGAACAAACAAACAAAACAGAUUAA